UUAUUUACAAAUAGUUCAUAGCGCCAUUGUUAUUCUACCGUAGCUUCAUACGAUAAAUAAUACUACUCCCACACUUUUUACAUGUUUUUAUGCUUAAUCCGUGCAUACGUGCCUUUUGGGGAGGGGUUGAGCACGUAAACAGUGUUCGCAAAGGACAUGAUACUAACGUGGGCUAACUGAGUCGUUAGUCGACGUUUACAGUCAGACAUGGAGACCAAAUACCCCAAUCUGAAGAGACCUAGGAGGAAACUCUGCUACGUUGCUGACAAGGAAAGUGCACCUAAGAAAUGGGCAGGAGUGGUGACACUGGAGGAUGUUGACAAAAUGUUUGAUGACAUUGAUGACGCUGGUCUACAUCCACCAUCUACUUUGUUCCAAAGUACUGACUCAAACCAGAGUGAGACAACAAUAUCUCCUGACCCACAGGAGAAACGGUCAAAGGAAAAACUACAAGAUCAAAAUGGUCCUGGUGGAGAUGUCCCACAACCUGCAUGGAAAUCAUCUAGUCGUAAGGUUGACAAUGAUUUGGACAUCCCCUUUAAAGCACACGGACCUGUAAAGACCUCCAGCCCUAUUGAACUCAUUAUGGGUGCAGCGUCUGUAGAAGUGCAGGACAAUGAAAAAGAUGAAAUUGUGUCCCCGAUUCUCUUCAACUUUGAAGAUGAAGUUGCAGGGGAACCGAACACGGCUCCUGUACCAACCGACAAGCCUUCCUUAAGUGGAGAGAUCACAGUAGGAAGUCAUGAUGGUGAACUGGAGUCUCCUCGCUGCAGAAUUGUUUUAACUAAGUUGUCUACUCAUAAAAAAAUGCCAGAAGCAGCAUGCGGGGACAAAAAUACUAAGUUACCUGUUGCAAAAGUGAGCCGGAAACCUGAACUUUCAGCAAGUACCGGUAGGAAAAACUUAGAAGCUGCUCGGAGACAGCCAGCUGCAGAGGGAUCCUCACGUACAGGAAAAGACGUGAAUUCCUUUCUAGAGACGCUCAAACAGUCUAUACAGUCAAACCCAAGACGUACGUGGAAGUCCCCGGUUAAAGUGCCGUCACUCCCCCUUCCUCCGCCUUCUCCUCCUCAUCAGGCAGAAGAUGAUUUUCUUAUUCUGGAAGAUGAUUGUUUAUUUCAAUUUUCCAUCCCAAGUAAAAGUACUGACAAAGACAGCUCGACAGACAAGAAGACCAAUGACAGGCCACGAGAGAGUCCGCAAGAAAGGCAGAAACUGGAAAAGGCUAACGGCAAACAGGGAGGUCGGGCCGUUAAUCAAAAAAUUAAAAAGAAGAAAGACAAUAACCCUGACCUGAUAACGCCAGAUGUCAUGGAUGAUUUAAACAACCAUCUAGUUCCUCCUGCAGGUGACUUGUUUGGUGAUCAGAAACUGACUAAAAAAAAGCAGCUGAAGAAGGCUCCAUCAAAAGAGAGAGACGAGGUGGAACAACCUGAAGACAUAGCUGAUGAGGUAACCGAAAAAGAAAAACUCUCACGUAAAAUAGAAACAAAAGCACGCAAAAUCCCCACAAAGAGGAAGACUUCAAAAGAAAACAAAAAGUCCACCAAGACGAUUAAAGCCAACAGACUAAAAGAGACGACAGAACAGAUCCAGGAGCCGGAUGCCGUGAAGGAGGCGACACACGUUGGUGCUGUUGGGGAACAAAGGCAGGAGCAGAGCGACACGGAGCCUGCAGAGACUGAAGAUCUGGGUUCAUUUACAGAGAGAGAAAUUAUAAAAGCACCUGAAGCAAAUGGCAAGACUAAACGAAAAAAACAUCCAGCUGUAUCCGGAGGGACAUUUUCUGAAGAUACUGAGGUUCUUGUGAAAAGGCAAAGGAAGCAGACAGGGCCGUGGUGGAUGAGCGGUCCUCACAGCAUAGAGGAGCCAGAAAUCCAGCAGCCUACAGUGAAGAAGUCAAAACAGAAUAAUACAGAGCCCAGCACAGCUGUACUUUCACCUGGUAAGGCCAAGAAAGACAAAGUUUACAAGAAUCAGAAACGGCCUGUGACAUCCACCGAACCUAAAAAUAAAGAGAAGAAAACGAAACAGAGCAGGAAAAGAAAUGCAAGAGGAGCCGUGCCAGACGAGAUCAAAGCAACAGAUGACAUUGUCCACGCGGGCGAAGCAGAGCAGAUCUUUGAUCCAAACCUGGAUCAGGAGCACUCCAGCCCCAUGGUGUUCACACACAGAGACCACAGUCUCAACUCAGGGAGGGAGCUAUUUCAGAGAGUCUAUCAUCACACCCCCAGUGAAAAAGUAUCCACCACACCGGCAGCUCCUGUCUCUCCCAGAAAAGCUAAAGAGCAGCUCAGGGAAGCAGAAGAAGGCAAAAGGAGGAGGAAUCCACCGGGUAACUGGUGGGAAAGUAAUGUGUCUGAUAAUUCGGAAAGCAGCGCUUUACCGGCUGAGCAGCUUAAACGGAAGGGGACUAAAGCUCAGCAACAAAGGAGAAAACAGUCUAAGAAGAGGAACAGUGCUCGACUUGGCAUUCCAAAAAAUGGUAAAGUGGCAAUCCCAUCAAUACCAGCAGGGGGAGCUCCAAGGUCGCCUCGGCUGUCUGCUCCAAAAACUGUCAAACGGUCUCUGGCAACAUUUAAAGACAUUUUCAGCUCAGCCGUAGAGGGUUUGACUGUGGUCAGCAGCAGAGGUGCCCAUCAGAGUGGCAGAAGUAACGCCCCCUCCCAUCCUGCAGGGAAGGGCUCCUCUAAAACACACAGACAGACUGACAGCAACGUGUUUAAUGGUGAUAGUGAUGAAUGCAGCAGCACACAGCACAACGUGGACGAGUGUCAGUCAGAGAACAGGUCAAAAGUCUUUAGAAGUGGACCGUCCUCCAUGAUUGAGUUGGAACAACAUGAAGACGACGAUGAUGGCACGGUUUUGCCGUCUUCCAGAGUCUGCGCUGUGCUCUCUGAGUCAGAUCUUUGUGCUCCUCCUCUGAUGCCACUAACCUUACACCCGAAUGACAAGACCAAUCUCAGCGAGUGGUUCCAGACUCUUUGGUCCACCACUUCUGAUGAGGGCGUCGCAAUCUCUCCGGACCAGUUUGACUGGUACUCGUACCAAAACCGAGCCCUGGGCUUCCAGGUGGACCUGAACAGCGGCUCCAUCUGCUCUGGAAAAAUCGUGAUGGGCUCCAACAUGAAGAAGCCCCUGUGGGUGGAUCACAGUGCCACCACAGUUUUUAAUUUAUUAACAAGUUCAGUGAGCGUUAUCGUCGAUGGCUGUGUGUCUCGCUACAGACCUGGACAAGCCUUCAUGGUGGAGUGUGGCCGGGCGUACAGCAUCCAGAACACCAACGCGCUGCCAGCUGUCCUGCAUUUCACCCGGAUACUAGCAGUGAAUUCAGACUGAAACUGUCAAAUUUGACUACAGAUGAUGAAGCAGCUGCAGGAGACGGCGGUGAUCUGCAACAAUGUGUGACGCAGUAAAUGAAUUCAGCUUCACUAUUGACAAUGAGAUGUAAAUACAAAAUAGACUUAAAUUUUUCAACAAACUUUCUCAACCUGAUUUGUGCUUCAAAUUGUAAGAUACUACCAAAACAGAAGUAAAACACCUGUAAAUAAAUUUGUGUUUCAUUUUCAUUGUUAAGUUAUAUUUCCUCUCACUGUAAUCAUAUAUGUGUUCUCUGCAAAAGAGCAGGUUAUCAAAACCAAUGGAUUUUAAACAAUUGCAAAUACA